AUGUCGUUCAAAAUCGAGCGGGACACAUUCCAGCAGGGCGUGGCCUCCGCCGCCGGCGCCAAAGGCUCCAUUGCGCCUCCCGGCGGCCCUCUGCCCGGUACUAGCGGAAAGCACCCCGUCGCCGAGAAGAUCGGCACUGCCUUGACCGGCGGCAAGCAGAAUGCCGGCACCAAGGGCUACCUCAUGGCCUACAUCAAGCAGCUCGAGUCGAACCCGAUGCGCACCAAGAUGCUGACGGCCGGCACCCUCGCCGGCCUGCAGGAGGUCCUCGCCUCAUGGCUGGCCAAGGACCGCAACAAGCACGGCCACUACUUCACCUCCCGCGUCCCCAAGAUGGCCGCCUACGGUGCUCUGGUCUCGGCCCCUCUCGGCCAUGUCCUCAUCUGGGCCCUGCAGAAGGCCUUCAAGGGCCGCACCAGCCUCCGGGCCAAGAUCCUGCAGAUCCUCGUCAGCAACCUGAUCAUCGCGCCCAUCCAGAACAGCGUCUACCUGACCGCCAUGGCCCUCAUCGCCGGCGCCCGCACCUUCCACCAGGUCCGCGCCACCGUCCGCGUCGGCUUCUGGAAGGUCAUGAAGGUCUCGUGGAUCACCAGCCCCAUCUGCCUCGCCUUCGCCCAGAAGUUCCUGCCCGAGGCCACCUGGGUCCCCUUCUUCAACCUCGUGGGCUUCAUCAUCGGCACCUACAUCAACACCGUCACCAAGAAGAAGCGCCUCGCCGCCCUGCGCAAGAAGCACUUUGGCGACGGCCGCAACAACGGGCCCGGCCCGGAGAUGGGCGGUCCCGGCGGCUACCCUUCCAUGGGUCAGAACCCUCCUUAUUAA